AUGCAGAAUAUAAAACGAAAAAUGGUAACACCUCGAUUAAGCUUUGUACAGGAUUACUGGUCUCCUGAUAGGAAUGAUGAAAAUUGGCGUACUUACAAUGAAUUAUCCAAUGCAUAUAUGGAUAGGAACGAUAGGAUCUGUCUGUCUGGUCAAAUUACCAACGUUUGUCAGAAACGGACAUAUAUUUCUGGUCAAGCAUGCAAUGUGGAUAAGAAACAAAUCGGACGAACGAUUAACGAAAAAAAAGAUUGGGGUUCUCUUGGGAUAUUCCGAGUACUUCCACGAGAAUUGCUCCAUAGUCUUUUUGAUCAGAUUUCUGCUAAGCAUUUGCUGUCUAUUGGUUUGACAUCAAAAACAUUUAACAGCGAAGUUCGGUGCUAUUUGUUGUUGGAAAAUGCCCGUCGAAAAUUUUUAACUGAAACUACAGCGCACAUGGAGAAUAUCAUUGUUGAUACCGACCCGUUUUAUUCAUGGGGUAUGCUGCUGAAGGCGAGUACGGUUGUUAUGGAUUCUCGAAGUCGUCGUUCAUUCUUAAUUUCUUUCUAUUCCAAGAAUGAAGACAUCACAAAUUGGCUUGGAUGGGGUCGUUUCUUCAUGGCGGUAUGUUUGGAAUUGAUCUCAAGAAUGUUUGGAACAGUCCUCAAGAAUGGGUUUUGCGAAAAGUGGGAUUUUCGUGAAUGUGAAGCGCUAAUGCAUGUAGUUAUGUAUUACACUGGGUUAAGCCAGUUGCUUCAUAGAAUUUUGCUUGAAAAAACUGGGAAAUAUCCAUCAUUGGAGAUGGAGAUUCGAUUACGCCUUCAAGGCUUGUUUAUGAGUCAUUCAGUAAAAGAUAAAAAGGAUUAUGGAUUUUGGAUUUCUGCAAUUUUACGCACACAAGAAACAACGAAGCUUCAGGGGAAAUUGUUUAUGAUCAUGUUUGGACCAUUAAAAAAUGUUGAGAAUGGACAUAAGAUUAUCGACUGGAAAAUCUUAUGUGAAGAAGGUGUUAAUUUACAGCACAUAUGUAUGAGAUUACUAGGUUCAAUAGCGCUUGGCUUUCAUCACCUGACGAACACUUCAAAUCUUGGAUGCUAUGCGUGGUCUGAUCACCAGCUUUUCGUUCUAAUGGAAGAAAUAUCAAUGGUUCCUAACAAAUGGGCACUUCACAACUUUGCUGCGUUACUUGCUCUCCGUCCGCAUAUUAUUCACAUUGCUUUAUUCACACGACUAUCAGAAGGACGAAUGGAUGAAGCAGCACAUGUUUUCCACGCUGUCAAAACUGUUCUACAUCGUUGGGGAGUUUUCGUCAGCGGAGCUGUAUCCGAUGUAAUGCUCAAGACAUUUCGAGCUUUGCCAGAGAUCAAUCGUCGAUUGUUCUUGUCUUCAAUAUUAAAAGUAGAGUCGUACCAGCUCAGUAGAUUACUUCUUGAUACACCAUUCAGUCAUUUACCUCUUUUAACAGAUAUUAUUGCAGUUAAUGCUGAGAACUUCCAUAAUGAACUCUCUUCCGCACGCUCUAUAUCAGCGCUGAUGACACUACUUGCGAAGAAUGUAUGA